GAAGAAGAGAAGCGAAAAGUCAUGGCGGCUGACAGUUUGUAAUGAGCCAACGAAAACAGUGAAGACUCUUGCAAGUUGUGUAUUCAACGUCCAAAAACAAUCCCGGGGAUAGAAAAGAAUCUGCCGGCAAAAUGCAGAUAACUUUGAAGACCUUACAGCAGCAGACGUUCAAAGUCGACAUCGAUGAAGAGGAGACGGUGAAAACAUUAAAAGAGAGGAUUGAACAGGAGAAGGGAAAGGACACUUUCUCAGUUGCUGGGCUGAAAUUGAUAUAUGCUGGUAAAAUCCUCAACGAUGACACAGCCCUCAAAGAAUACAAAAUCAACGAGAAGAACUUUGUGGUCGUCAUGGUGACAAAGCCUAAAACAGCCUCUGCCGCCCCACAGUCUUCACCAGCUGCUUCAGCUCCCAGCACCACAGCUCCCGCUGCACCUCCUCCUUCAUCUUCCAGUUCGGACAAACCAGCAGAGCCUGCCUCCACAGACAGCAAACCAGAAGAGAGACAGUCUUCGACAGCUGAACCAUCUUCCACACCUGUCGGUAGCUCUGAGGCUUCAACAAACACAAACUUAAUCAAUGAAGCAGUUUCAACUCUAGUGACGGGCCCAUCUUAUGACGCCAUGGUGAACGAGAUGAUGCUUAUGGGCUACGAGAGGGAGCAGGUGGUGGCAGCACUGAGAGCGAGCUUUAACAACCCAGACAGAGCUGUGGAAUACCUGCUCACAGGCAUCCCAGGCAGAGAUCAGGGCCCGGCAACAGGACCUGAUGCGGUGGCGCCUCCAGUGAGUGGAGCUCCAGCUGUAUCCACAGGCGGUAUCAGCGUUCCCGCCAACACUGGCUCCUCAUCAAGUGCUGGGGGAGGCAAUCCUCUGAGCUUCCUAAGAAAUCAGCCCCAGUUUCACGUGAUGCGACAGCUGAUCCAGCAGAAUGCCGCCCUUCUUCCUGCCUUGCUGCAGGAGAUUGGCAGGGAAAACCCCGCACUGUUGCAGGAGAUCAGCAACCACCAAGAGCAGUUCAUCCAGAUGCUGAAUGAACCCAAUCCAGAUGCAGUGCCAGUAGGUGGCGGGGGCGGGGGUGGGGCAGGAGGAGCAGGGGGAGCUGGAGGGCUGGGAGGUGACACACCUGGUGGAAGUCACAUGAGCUAUAUCCAGGUCACACCACAGGAGAAAGAGGCCAUUGAGAGGCUAAAAGCUUUAGGAUUUCCAGAGGGACUUGUUAUACAAGCCUACUUUGCUUGUGAGAAGAACGAGAACUUGGCUGCCAACUUCCUUUUACAACAGAACGUCGACGAUGAUUAAAAGAGCCGUCCUCGUUUGAUUUUUUUUUUCUUUUCUUACUUCUUUCUCUACUUUUUGAUUGCUGAUGUUCAAUAUAUGUGUACAACAAGCCCUUUCAUAUCCAAAAAAAAAACUAUUUUAUUCACCAAUUCCACAUUCAGUUCUCUUAAUAACACUGGAUCAUUUAUCAGCUGUUGGCUGGUGUACAAGGACAGGCUGUUGUUUGUGAUCACAUAAAAAUGAAAGAAUAAUAAAAGUACAAUAAUUUUGCAUCAGAAA